AAGUAGUAGAAGACUUCAGAUGGAACUUAAUAGCGCUGACAGCAAACCUGACUUCCAGAUGUCAGAGGAAGAAGAUUCUAUUUGGGAUGUUCAAAGAUCUCUAAAAAGGAAAGUGGUGAAACACAGCACUCCAGUGGACUCAGUGUUCUCAAGAAAAAUGCUAUCUCUUUCGGGUCCAAUCAAUCAGUCAAUCAAGGACCAAGAUCUCAGUAAGAGAGCUUAUAUAUCCCCAGUGCCAAAAUCAACUCUAGGAAGGUCAGUAGCUCAACUAUCACUAGCAAGUGUUGAAGCAUACUUCCCUCAUAUGUCUCCAAAAAGGUUUUCAGAAGUAUUUGACUUGCAAGAUUCCAGCAGAGAGAUAAGCCAUAGUUCUCAAGUUGUGUAUUCUAGAAAACGACUUUCCACAGUAUUGGCAUCUGAUGAAUCAAAUACAGAGGCAAGUGAAAAGGUUGUCUCAAGUGUGGAGACUCAAACUCCCACAAAAGCAUCUGAGAAGUUAGCAGUAACUCCCAAGAGUGGAUCUUCAUGGAUGGUUUCUGGAAUACCAGGAAUAAAAGAUCCUCCAAUGUUGAAAAAGAAGAAAACUGAUACAGCUAUUGUGAGAAAGAAACAAAGAGAAUGGGUGCUUCGCCAACUGAAAAACAUUGAGGAAGCAACAAAACAUGAAUUAACAAUUGAAGAAGUUUGAUUAAACUUUUUGAAAGUAAUGAUGUUUCAUGCUUAUUUUGUGAAUAGCAGAUUCCAAUAAAAUGCACAUUUGACUAAUCUGCAACGCCUGUUGGACUUCCUAUUAAGUCUAAGAGAUGUCAGCUACUGCUUCUAUGUGGAAGACAACACUAAUCUGCAAUAGCUAAAUGCCUGGAAUAAAGGAACGGAGAGAUCUAAGUAAAAAUCAUUCUUCAUCCUGCCACAGCUGCCACUUAUCACAAUUGUUUGUAUAGCAUUCAAAUCUUCUAGUGUUGUUGAUGUUCUUGAAGUGACAAAGUCCUAGUGGCCACAUGAAUGUAAUCCUGGUUUGUCAGUGGAGAAUCUCCUCAUCUAGAGAGUAAUAAAAACAUGCAAUCAGAAAUGUUAAUUAGCUGGGGAGAUGAGGAAAUAGUGAGAGGCACCAGUUGGGAGUCAAAUCUUUAGAGAUUACUAUCUGAUUUGAAGAUUUGGUUCCGAGUUUGCUCUAGCCUGUAUUCUAAGCAUGCUGCACAGUUGCCAAGUGAAGCAGUAACUAUCUCAAAUAUGUUUUGAAAGUAUG